GAUUCGCACCUCGUAUCUUUGCAGAUAGACUCUUUGCCGCUUGCAAGGCCCAUCACCUUACUACAAUCUCUUCAUCCGAUAAAGGCUACGCUCCAUUGCCAAGCCGCCGGUACCUGUGCCUCUUCGUUCAUACGCAGCACGGCAAGCCACGUAGGAAGAAAGAGAGCAUUCACAGAGGCAUCAAGCACUGCCACCAGCUACGCCAGAAGACGAGGUGAGGCACCUUGAUCUAGUGCUCGCCCAGUCCAUCCAACAGCCAUGACGACGACAAAGCACGCUCACAUGGAUGAGUCGGCCAUCCUCGACAAGCCCAACGACCUCUCUACCUCUCCCCCACCUCGGGGCUCACCGAUGCCCCCAGCGGCCUCGCUCGGCUCCGUCUCUGCGGGACCCUCUUCCGAUGCUCCAUCUGUUCACUCUAAUGCUACUACAGCAGCCUCAAUGGCCUCCCCUUCCUCCUCUUCCGCCCCCAACCAGGUGACGGCUCCUCCCCCAGAGGUGGAAGCUACUCUGUCCAAGCUCACAGCCCACAAGAAUGUGACGGGGUGCUUGGUCCUGACGCGGCCAGAUGCAUUGAUCAUCCGUGCUGGAGGAAGAGACUUUGAGCCCAGUGGACCUGGUGCUCACGAUCGAAGCGAGAGACUGAGGCGGGUGGUGCGAAUGGUCAAAAGCGCCGUAGAGGGCUUGGGUGCGAGCGUGGGAGAAGUAGACGAGGGUGAUGAGUUGAGCUUCCUCAGGAUCAGGACGAAGCAGUACGAGAUGAUGAUCUCGCCAAGCGAAAAGUAUCUUCUAGUGGUAUUGCAGGAUCCGUCCAUCACACCAUGAUUGCAAGAAGAGCGCUCAUUACAGUCUAUAUAGUUCGUUGACGCCGACUGUACAAAGGAGACCGACGAUACCCGGCGAUCAGGAUCAGGAUCUUAACAGGCCCUUGUACUUCUCAUACCAUGACAUUUGCUGUCAGACCAGUACCACUGAGCAGCCCAAUCAAUUGUCUGUGCUUUGUGUUC